UCCUGAAGGAAACAAGCUGCGAUCGAGAAGUGCCCUUGUGGAGUAUUUUCGGAAGACCGGGGAGACGACACUAAGAGCAGAAGAUUUUGAUUUUACAUCUCCUUGUCAGAGGACAAAGUACUUUGUGGUUUUUCUUUUUUUUACAGAAGAGUCUAUCCCACGGACACAAGUGGAUAGGAGGAAAACAAGUCGGUAUUUUUCAAGUAAAUACAGUAAAGAAGCUCCCAGCCCACCUAGAAGGAAGGCCUUCAGAAAAUGGACUCCUCCACGUUCUCCUUUUAAUUUGGUCCAGGAAACGCUUUUCCACGAUCCGUGGAAACUUCUCAUCGCAACCAUAUUUCUCAAUAAAACCUCAGGUAAAGCGGCAAUUCCUGUGCUCUGGGAGUUCCUGAAGAAGUAUCCUUCUCCCGAAAUAACGAGGACUGCAGACUGGAAAGGAAUGUCCGAGCUGCUCAGACCUCUCGGCCUCUACGAACUCAGAGCGAAAACUAUCAUCAAAUUCUCAGAUGAGUACCUGAGCAAGCGGUGGAAGUACCCCAUCGAGCUGCACGGCAUCGGCAAGUACGGCAACGACUCCUACAGGAUCUUCUGUGUCAAUGAGUGGAAGGAGGUGCAGCCGCAGGACCACAAGUUAAACAUGUACCACUCGUGGCUCUGGGAGAACCGGGAGAGACUGAGCAUAGACUGA